AUGGAAGAAAGCUCUAAUUCUAUAGAUAACACACUAUAUAUGACAGCAGGAAUUCCUGAUCUUAUACCUCAGAUAAGUGAAGAGGUUGCAUCAAAUAAAAGCGAUACUUCAAACGAGUUCAUUGCAAAGCAUGAAUUUGAUUUUGGAAUCCAAGAAGAGAGGCUUGACUCAGAAGAUUCUUUACCUCUUUCAAUUUCAAAUCCGCGAAUAGUAAUAACUGAUCCCCACACAUUUAAUCAAAGCAAUAAUCAAAAUAUUUUAGUUUAAUCAUUUUUUACCAGAAAAUACUCAAAUUAUAGGCAGUUUCUAAUAUAUUAUAAUUAUAAAAUAAAUAUUUUUUAAUUGGAUUUAAACUAAUAAAGUAUGCAAAUAAAGAAGACGAAGAAGAAUUUUAUGAGAUGAAAAAAUCUUUUGAAGACGUAGAUUUAGCAGCGACUGUGAAAAAUCUUUGUGAAAAUUUCCCAAUGCUGAAAAAAGAGCCUGAAGAGUUUCCAGAGACAGUUGUAGAUGAAAUUGAGCCUUCGAAAACACUAAUAAUUGAAGUUAACAGGGCUUCUUUAGUUAGUGAUGGGUGGAUGGGAUAUAAAUCUUACCAUGUAUAUACGAUUUUUACGAGAAUAAAUGAAGAAAGCUUUAGAGUCAAUAGAAGGUUUAGGGACUUGGAGUGGCUGAAUGAUAUUCUUAGAGAAAGAUAUAAAUUAAAAAUAUUCGUACGCUUCUGACCAACGCUAGACUGCUUGUUAGUUUGAAAUUCAGCAGCUAUUUGGAGCAGAGUCUCCUCUAGGAGCAGGGAAAACUGUUAACCCCAAUAUUCUUGAUUUUUAGGAAGACUCCCUGUCAGUACGCCAUCAGGGACUAUGGAGUUUAAAAUUAGCUCGAUACCUUCUGUCGUCAACUUGUGUGAAAGGUGACACCCAGAUAAAGGAGCCAAGCCCUCCAGAGCUGAUAGGGAAAAGAACAGAUAUCCAAAAGCCAUUUGGAUAAUCAAUAUUUGGUCUGAAGUAACCGCUAGCUAACUUCAAAACUUACCAACCCCACAAGUCCACCGCAAUUUGCAAUGGUUAGAAUUAAAGGGCUUGGGCCUUGGUUUGGAUAUAAAAUGACUUUUGUGACUAGGGCGAUAAAUCAUCCCAAAGGGCAUAUUUAUAGCCACCAAAUAUAAUUUUUGAAAGUUAUAAAGGAUUCUCAAUCCCCCCUUUGCCUGAUAAAUCAUUUUUAUUCAAAAAUAACAAUAAGUUUCUUGAGCAACGACGAAAAGAAAUUGAGCAAUACUUACUCCCCCCCCCCUCCGUGAGCGAACAAAACCAUUAGAAAAAUCACCAUUUUUUGACCAAAAACCCACCCUCCGUGAGCGAACAAAAAUUUUUUUAAUAGAAAAAAUUUUAAUGGAAAAAAAAAAUUUUGAUAUAUAAGUGAUAUAAUUAGUAUAAUGAAAUCUAGAGCUAAUUCUGUUUAAUUUUUAAACAAAUUGCGUUUUAAAAACAUAAAUUUUGCAAAUUAAAUUAAUAUUUGCUUCCCAAUUUUUGCAAAUUAGGAUUUUUUUAAAUUUCGAAAAAAAUAUUUUUUAUAAAAUUUAUAUAUAAAUUUUUUUUAAAAAAAAAAAUUAACCCCCCUCCGUGAGUGAACAAAAUUUUUUUGUUCGCUCACGGAGGGGGGGGGGGGAGUUAGUUCUUUUAAGCAGACAUCCAAUAUUGAAAGAAUCGCCUCCAUUUAAAUUGUUUUUGGAAUGCCCAGAUGAAAAAUUCGAUAAAGAACAGCAAAACUUGAGCAUUGAGAAAAUUUCAUUUCAAUAUGCAGAUUUCGAAGAUGCAGUCGAUCAAAUCGUCAGCAAGCUUGAAGUUAAGCUAAAUAUGAUCCUAUCAAGAAGGAUUCUGCCAUUUAGUAAAGAUUUAGCUUCAAUAGAAAGAACACUAAAUAUCUUAGAGGCCCCAACCUAUUCUUUAUCAUGCGCUUUUAAUAACUGGAUUUCAUGCCAAAAUAAAAGUUUAUCUUUAUUAGGGGCAAUUCAUUUUCCAGACUCGUCAAAAUUUUAUCUUAAUCUUAAUUAACAGACUUGGCUUUCGCCUAAUUUUAAUGCAAUCACCGAGGGUCUCCUAGAAGACUCAACCGGAUUGUGACCGUGCCUAUCACUUGGGCCAGCAGUGUCUUUCCUUGCCUUGCAGCUCCAGUAUUGAGUGGGCAGUCGUCAAAAUUUUAUCAAGUAAUUCAAGAAAAUCGAUAUAAUUUGAAAAACAGUUUUUCGGAAUUAAACUCAUUAUCAAGAAGUAUUAAAGCAGAAAGCUUAAAAAUAGAUGGCUUAAAGAAUGCAAUUUCAGACUAUAAGGAUCUUAUGAGAAAAUAUUCAGAAUUUGAUUUAUUAAUCAAUAGAAAAUUAGAUAAACAAAGAUUCUCAAUUGACCCAAUGAAAUGUGAAAAAUAUAUAAAAGAAAUUCAAAAUGCUCAAUCGGAAAUUGAGAACCUGGAGGCAGAAUUGGAAAAAGUGGAAGAAAUUAUUAAAAAAGAGCACGUAUGGUUGCUAGCAGAUCGUGAAGAACAUUUUGAAAAAGCUUUAAAUGAAGUUGUUGAAUGCGAAAGAUUAAGAUACCAAAAUGAAAGCGCAUUUUGGCUUGAUAAAAAACAUGAUGUAUCUAAUAAAUCAGGAUUUGAAAUAAGCCGAACUCGUCUUUAA